UUGCUGUUAUGUUACAUCUUUGGAAAACACGGCCAGCAUCAUCUGCUGUCGCACGAGUGUGUCGUUUUGUAGUUGUAGAGUAAUAGUGUAAAUUUCGGUUUGUGUUGACUUAACAAGAAAGACAAAAUGGUUUUAGCAGAUCUAGGACGAAAAAUCACCUCGGCAUUGAGGUCUCUAAGCAAUGCCACGGUCAUUAAUGAAGAGGUCCUCAAUGCUAUGCUAAAAGAGAUAUGUGCUGCUCUCCUAGAAGCUGAUGUGAAUAUAAGAUUGGUAAAGAAACUUCGUGAGAAUGUACGCUCGGUUAUAGAUUUUGAUGAAAUGGCAGGUGGUUUAAAUAAGAGGAGAAUGAUACAGAGUGCUGUCUUCAAGGAGCUCGUUAAGUUAGUCGAUCCAGGUGUGAAAGCACACCAGCCUGUGAAAGGAAAACCGAAUAUUAUAAUGUUUGUUGGGCUUCAAGGUUCUGGAAAGACAACAACUUGUACAAAACUUGCUUACCACUAUUUGAAGAAGAAUUGGAAGGCAUGCUUGGUUUGCGCAGACACAUUCCGUGCAGGUGCUUAUGACCAACUCAAGCAGAAUGCUACAAAAGCAAGAAUUCCAUUUUACGGGAGUUACACUGAAGUAGAUCCUGUAGUUAUAGCACAAGAUGGUGUAGAAAUGUUCAAGAAAGAAGGCUUUGAGAUAAUAAUUGUUGAUACAAGUGGACGACAUAAACAAGAAGAAUCACUUUUUGAAGAAAUGUUGCAAGUUUCAAAUGCAAUUAAACCAGAUAAUAUCAUAUUCGUGAUGGAUGCAACAAUAGGUCAGGCCUGUGAAGCACAGGCUCGUGCAUUCAAGGAGAAGGUUGAUGUUGGUUCAGUUAUAAUAACAAAGCUUGAUGGACAUGCUAAAGGUGGAGGUGCUCUCAGUGCUGUUGCAGCUACACAAAGUCCUAUUAUUUUCAUUGGAACAGGAGAACAUAUUGAUGACUUUGAACCAUUUAAAACAAAACCGUUCAUUAGUAAGCUUUUAGGGAUGGGCGAUAUAGAAGGUUUAAUUGACAAAGUAAAUGAGCUGAAACUAGAUGACAAUGAGGAAUUAAUAGAAAAGAUAAAACAUGGGCAGUUCACAUUACGUGAUAUGUACGAGCAGUUUCAGAAUAUUAUGAAAAUGGGUCCUUUUUCACAAAUAAUGGGUAUGAUACCUGGGUUUAGUACAGAUUUCUUAUCGAAAGGUAGUGAACAGGAUUCAAUGGCCAGAUUGAAGAGGCUCAUGACAAUUAUGGACAGCAUGAAUGAUGGUGAAUUAGACAGCCGCGAUGGUGCGAAACUAUUUACAAAACAAUCCUCAAGAAUAGUGAGGGUUGCACAAGGUUCAGGAGUGACUGAAAGGGAAGUUAAAGAACUUAUCUCACAGUACACAAAAUUUGCUGCAGUUGUAAAGAAGAUGGGUGGAAUAAAAGGAUUAUUCAAAGGUGGUGAUAUGGCAAAGAAUGUAAAUCAAGCCCAGAUGACGAAACUUAAUCAACAGAUGGCGAAGAUGAUGGAUCCUAGGGUUCUUCAACACAUGGGUGGAAUGCCAGGACUUCAGAAUAUGAUGAGGCAGUUGCAACAAGGAGCAACAGGAGGUCUUGGAAACCUAAUGGGUUUUGGAAAUAAGUGAUAAUAGGUUUAACAGUGAUGACACAUACUGCAUAUUUAUUGUACAUUCGAGUAUGAAAAUUGCAGUUUGGUUUAUUUAUAACUUCCAAAUAAUUACUCAGUGCAAAAAAAGAAAUGAAGAGUAUUCUAUCUACGAUCUUAAUAGUUACGAAGUUUGCAGAAUGGUAUCUAGAAUUUGGACAUCUUUGCAUGCCUGUUACAAAAUUGAACGUCUUCUCAAAUUUAACGUUUGAAAUGAUUUGAAUGUAAAUUGAGAAAAUGAGAGUAAAAAUAGCAAGAAAUAAAUUCAGUGGGCCUGCAUGUA